CUCUCUCUCUCUAUCUCUCUCUCUCUCUCUCUCUAUCUGGGCGUCUCAGAUUCGUGAGCUCCGACCUCGCGCGUGGCGCCUUGGGAGCCCACCCACGUGCGGGUUUUCGUUUCGUUUUCCGGCGUUGGUUCGGCAUUCUUUGAUUGGUUCAUUCGGAGGAGCGGGGAGGGGUGGUAGCGGUGGUAGCGGUUCGAGAUUUUUUGAGGAUGCAGUCCAGCGAGGAUUCGAGGCAGGCGCAGCCGGCGGCGGAGCAGGGCGGCGGCGGCGGGGGGCAGCGGCAUCAGGCGGCGAAGGGGGGCGGCGGCGGCGGCGGCAGCAACCCGGCGCCGCAGCAGCAGCAGCAGCAGCAGCAGCCGUGGGUGGCGAUGCAGUACCCGCCGUCGGCGGCGAUGCUAAUGCAGCACCCGCAGAUGAUGCCGCCGCCGCCGCCGCCGCCGCACCACCAGCAUUACGCGGCGGCGGCGCACUACAUGGCGUACCACCAGUACGCGCCGCCGCACCAGCGCGUGCACCACCAGCCGCAGCAGCAGAACGGCGAGAACAGGACGGUCUGGGUCGGCGAUUUGCACCACUGGAUGGAUGAGAGUUAUCUCCACAGCUGCUUCGCUUCCACUGGCGAGAUUGCUUCUAUCAAAGUUAUUCGCAAUAAGCAGACAGGUUUGUCUGAAGGAUAUGGAUUUGUUGAAUUCUUUUCACAUGGUACAGCUGAGAAAGUUCUACAAAACUAUUCGGGAAUCGCGAUGCCUAAUACUGAACAGCCGUUCCGUCUGAAUUGGGCAACAUUUAGCACGGGUGACAAGCGUUCAGAAAAUGCUCCUGAUCUGUCUAUUUUUGUAGGAGACUUAGCUGCAGAUGUUACUGAUAGCUUAUUGCAUGAGACUUUUGCUAAUAAAUACCCGUCUGUUAAAGCUGCCAAAGUUGUUUUUGAUGUCAACACUGGCCGUUCAAAAGGCUAUGGAUUUGUGAGGUUUGGGGAUGAAAGUGAAAGGUCGCAGGCCAUGUCUGAAAUGAAUGGUGUAUAUUGUUCUAGCAGGCCUAUGCGCAUUGGUGCUGCAACACCCAGAAAGUCAUCAGGGUAUCAAUCGCAGUAUUCUUCACAAGGUGGAUAUUCGUCAAAUGGUGCCUCAUCCCAGAGCUUUCAGUCUGAUGGGGACUCUGCAAACACAACAAUAUUUGUUGGAGGCCUUGAUCCUAGUGUUAAUGAUGAAGACCUCAGGCAACAGUUUUCUCAGUAUGGUGAGAUAGUUUCUGUUAAAAUACCAUCUGGGAAAGGCUGUGGGUUUGUACAAUUUGCCAACAGAAGCAAUGCUGAGGAGGCAUUGCAGAAACUGAACGGGACGGUGAUAGGUAAGCAAACGGUGCGUCUUUCAUGGGGUCGAAAUCCAGCCAACAAGCAGUUUAGAGCAGAUUUUGGAAAUCAAUGGGGACCGGUCUACUAUGGUGGACAAGUUUAUGAUGGUUAUGGAUACGGUAUGCCACCACAUUACGACCCGAGUAUGUAUGCCGCUGCCACGGCAUAUGCAGCUUACCCAGUAUACGGCAGUCACCAACAGCAAGUGAACUGAAUGAGUGAGGACAAAGGGAGAAAAAAGUUAGCUCUUAGCCCUUAAAACUCAUGAUGCUGCAAUUAGCCGAUCUGUUCUGGUCCUGUAGAGAUCUCGUGAAUCCGUCCACUUGUGGGAUGGAGCUGAAUUUUGAUGACUCUCAGUAGUUUUGUAGGGAUUUCUCUAAACGUGUCUUCUAAUUUAUGGGAACCAUAAACUUAUUCAUUGGAAUGCGAAAUCUUGCGCAUGACGCGGGGCAGAGUGCCUCGUGGAUUUGAAAUAA